UGUAGUGAGUUACUGGCGAUUGCGCACCGUCCUCAUUUCCAUGCCGUGGCCAGUGGAUGGCGUCAAUUGUAAUCAGUAUGAACUUUGGUCUACAUUGAAAGAGAUCGCCACAAAGUCAAACUUCAUCUGGGAGAAGAGGACAACGGUAUGAAAUCUGUAUGAGGAAAGGCAGAGCGUUCUGGAGAAAUGGAGGACUCCUGGGGUACAGUGAUUUCGGUGGUUAAGGUGUGGUUCUCAUUGGUAGUGGGGCUCAUCAUGCUGCCAUCCAUGUUUGGUCUCUCCCUGGGGAUAACAGAAAGAUACAUGACGAUCUUAAUCAAAACCUUGAAGUGGGCCACUAUGAGAAUACAGAAAGGAGUCCAGGAACAAGAAACACUGAAGGCCUCUCCAUCUAAUGGAAUCAUCCAGAGGGACGACGGCUCCAUGGAGCAAGAGAUUGGGGAGCUGCGGCAUGGCCGACCGAGGACCCAGGAGGGGGGCGACUUCACCCUCAGCGACGUCUUCUACUUCAGCAGGAAAGGCAUCGAGACCAUCGUGGAGGACGAGGUCACCCAGAGGUUCACGUCCGAGGAGCUGGCCUCCUGGAACCUGCUGACGCGCACCAACUACAACUUCCAGUACAUCAGCCUGCGGCUCACCAUCUUAUGGGGAAUGGGAGUCAUGGUGCGCUACUGCAUCCUUCUCCCUCUGAGAGUUACCCUGGCCUCUAUUGGUCUAAUCUGGCUGGUGAUAGGAACAACACUGGUGGGGUUUUUGCCAAACAGCAGGGUGAAAAACUGGCUGAGUGAGCUCGUCCAUGUCAUGUGCUACAGGAUCUGUGCAAGAGGCCUUUCAGCCGUUAUCCACUACCACAACAGAGAAAACAGGCCCAAAAGAGGUGGACUUUGUGUUGCUAAUCACACUUCACCCAUUGAUGUGGUCAUUCUUGCCAAUGAUGGCUGCUAUGCUAUGGUUGGUCAAGUCCAUGGUGGUCUCAUGGGAGUGAUUCAGAGGGCUAUGGUCAGGUCCUGUCCGCACAUCUGGUUUGAGCGAUCAGAGAUGAAAGAUCGCCACCUUGUGACUCAGAGACUGAAAGAUCAUGUGAAUGAUAAGACCAAGCUUCCCAUAUUGAUUUUCCCUGAGGGAACAUGCAUCAACAACACAUCAGUCAUGAUGUUUAAAAAAGGAAGCUUUGAGAUUGGCGGCACAGUCUACCCAGUGGCUAUAAAGUAUGACCCCCAGUUUGGUGAUGCCUUCUGGAACAGUUCUAAGUACAACAUGGUGAGCUAUCUGCUGAGAAUGAUGACAAGUUGGGCUAUUAAAUGCAAUGUCUGGUAUCUUCCUGCCAUGGCCCAAGAGGAAGGAGAAGAUGCAGUUCAGUUUGCCAACAGAGUCAAAUCUGCAAUCGCUCACCAGGGUGGACUGGUAGAUUUAUCCUGGGAUGGGGGCCUGAAGAGAGGGAAAGUGAAGGACACGCUAAAGGAGCAGCAGCAGAAGAUGUACAGCAGCAUGGUGGUGGGGGACGACAGCAGCGGCAGUGCCAGUGACUGACCUUUUUCCGUUCCGACUAAAAAGCCACAGUGUCCGAAAGCAUGUUAAGGGCGGAACACACCUCCCUGCAUUUGAUUUAACAAACACCACCCUGAAGUCCAAUGAAAGAUACAGUAUAUUGUUUUUUUUGUAGUAAUUCCAACUGCCCAGUAGAUGGUAUCCAAAGGUUAUGACAACAUUUAAAGUUCCAUAACCCACCACCUGAAUGAGUGAAUGGGCUCAUUCGACUUCUUGCAGUGCUGCGCAAGUCUGGCUGGUGGACGACAGCAGCGGCAGUGCCAGUGACUGACCUUUCUCCGUUCCGACUAAAAAGCCACUCAGCAAUCCCUCUCAGCAUCUGAAAGCGGAACACGCUUCCCUGCAUUCAUUGCAAAGUGAGUCCUCUGCUGCUGGAAUGGAAUAUCGUGCCAUUGUCUGGGGAAUGGAGAAGAUUCAUAGGGGACUGAAUCACAGACUCCCUUUCCUUUGAUUGAGAGGUGUUAUCCUUGAUAUUCAAGAAAGAAUGAAGCACAGCUCAGGAUUGUCAUGUAUUGUGUGUCCCCAUUGCAGAGUCUUUUUAAAAUAAAGUGUUCAGCACUCCGAAACAGA